UGUUUUCUUUUUAUAAUCAUUUUCAAAAUCCUCUUCUCUUCUCAACCAUUUUGAUUCUCUUUCAUUUUUCUCUGUAAUUCUGAUUCGAUCUCUGGCCCUUCGCAGCCUGAUGCCGGAGAUCGAACCCUACUCCGCCGGCAAUAAUGCCCUGUUUGGCAAGUACGAGCUCGGAAAGCUCCUCGGCUGCGGUGCCUUCGCCAAGGUCUACCAUGCCCGCGACCUUCGCUCCGGCCAGAGCGUCGCCGUCAAAGUCAUUAAUAAGAAGAAGAUCUAUGGCACAACGCUAAUGUCUAACAUCAAGCGGGAGAUCGCCAUCAUGCGCCGUCUCCGCCAUCCACACAUCGUCAAACUCCAUGAGGUUCUCGCUACCAAAUCCAAGAUCUACUUUGUUAUGGAAUUCGUCAAAGGAGGCGAGCUCUUUGCCAAGGUCGCCAAGGGCCGAUUCAGCGAGGAUUUGAGCAGGAAGUUCUUCCAGCAAUUGAUUUCCGCCGUUGGAUUCUGUCACGCGCGUGGGAUCUACCACCGCGAUCUGAAGCCGGAGAAUCUCCUCGUCGACGAGAAUGGGAAUCUCAAGGUCUCGGACUUCGGACUCAGUGCGUUAACGGACCAGAUCCGCUCUGAUGGCCUUUUGCACACACUCUGUGGAACUCCGGCGUAUGUCGCGCCGGAGAUCUUGUCGAAGAAGGGAUACGACGGUGCGAAAGUUGAUGUGUGGUCCUGUGGUGUGAUUCUUUUCGUGUUGAGUGCUGGUUACCUUCCGUUCAAUGAUCCGAAUCUUAUGGCCAUGUACAAGAAGAUUUACAAGGGAGAAUAUCGGUGCCCUAAAUGGAUGUCGCCGGACCUCAAGAGAUUUCUAUCGCGACUUCUGGAUACAAAUCCUCAAACGAGAAUCACCGUCGAUGAGAUUCUCAGCGAUCCGUGGUUCAAAAAAGGACCAAUUAAGGAGAUCAAUUUCUACGAUGAUUACGAGGUGAAAUAUGAAGAUAAGGACGAAUCUGAAUCGACGAAUUUGAACGCAUUCGACCUUAUAUCAUUCUCAUCUGGAUUAGAUCUAUCCGGUUUAUUCGACAAUUCGCACAACACGGAGGCGGACAGUGAGCGAUUCGUAUCAGCAGAGUCUCCAGAGAAGAUCGUGGAGAAAGUCGAGGAACUCGCUAGGGCAGAGAAUUUGAAGGUGAAGAAACAAAAGGAAUUUGGAGUUGAAUUGGAUGGGCAGAGUCGUAAUUUAUCAAUCAGAAUCGAAAUCUUCCGGUUAACCGACGGAUUGGUAGUGGUGGAAGCGAGAAGAAGAAGUGGAGAUGCAGAAUCGUGUAAGGAAUUGUUGAAGAAGAAGCUCAAAUGUCACCUCACCGGCAACGAAGCGUCGACGUCGACGUCAACAUCCCAACAAGAUUCCGGCGACCAGAACCAGUGAGACAUGUGGAAUUCUUCAGAAUCGAAUAAAAAAAUUAGGGCAGAAAGGGUGAUGUUGACGAUUGAAGAAGAAGAUGCUGUAAUGUAUUUUCGAUUUAAAAAAUUGAUGAAUUUCAAGAACGUUAAUAAUUAUAAUGAAAAAAAAAAAAAGGAAUUAAAAAUCUUAAUGUAGUUAAGAACUGCAAUACCCUUUAAUCUGCUAUUAAAAAGAAUUUUAAAAAAAUAAAAGCAUCUGCCAGUGGAAUUUAAGAAUGAAUUCCCUGGUACUGCCAAGAACUCAGAAGAAUUAGGGUUCUUUGUUUAGCUGUUCUCUAUGUAUGUAUUAUUAUGUAAAUACCAUUUCUUUUUGGUGUAUAUAAAAAUCUCACCAAUUCAAUGCCA